AGAGUUUCCUCAUCGACUGGCAACUGUGACGAUGUCACUGUCACCGGUAGAUUAUUUGGUAGGGAAAAAACCCCAAUUGUCCUGCUAAACUGUUUCAGUUGAAACUCAGUUUCCAACCAGUCUAAGCAAGAUGUCGGGCGGCCAAGAAAAAACAGCAAUCUACACUUCUGAGAGAUCAGGAGACGAUGCAAACGGCGACGGUUCUGAAACCAAACCGUUCAAGACCAUCCUGCAGGCGAUGCGUUCAGCAGGAAGCGAGCCUUUUCCCACCAUCUACGCGGAUGGAAAACAGGCGGGCGUGAAAUUUGAAGUGGCUGCAAAAUCGCAACUGAAAAAAAUUCAGAAGAUUUGGGUCAGGGACCGGCACAAGCAGGCGGACAAAACCAAGCAGGAUGAAGAGGACGCGGAGCGGCGGGCCAAAAAUCUGGAGGAUGCCAAAAAAAUCGUCAUUGAAGAGGACAAAAGCCUGCCAGCGGCAACGAAAAUCAGGAUUUCCAACGGGCAAAAAUACCGAGAGAAACGGGUAAAGCUCAACGGAUGGGUCCACAGGCUGCGCCGCCAGGGCAAAAACCUCAUGUUUAUCACUCUGAGAGACGGCUCUGGGUUCCUUCAGUGUAUUCUGAGCAACCAGCUUUGUAGCACCUACAACGCGCUGGUUUUGCAAACCGAGUCCACUGUUUUGCUGUUUGGCACCCUAAAGCAAGUUCCUGAAGGCAAAACAGCUCCAGGCGGCCAUGAGUUGCACGUGGACUAUUGGGAGUUGAUCGGGCUGGCGCCUCCUGGAGGAGCCGAUUCACUCCUGAACGAAGAAGCUCUGCCUGAUGUCCAGGCGGAAAACCGCCACAUAAUGAUCAGGGGAGAAAACACGUCGAAAGUGCUGCGAAUGCGGUCCGUGUUGCUGCAGGCUUUCAGGGACCAUUACUUGGAUAGGGGAUACUGCGAAGUGACCCCGCCCUCUAUUGUCCAGACGCAAGUCGAAGGCGGCUCCACCUUGUUCAAGCUGGACUAUUUCGGGGAGGAAGCCUACCUGACCCAAAGCUCGCAACUUUACCUGGAAACCUGCCUGCCUUCAAUGGGGGACGUCUAUUGCAUUGCAGAGAGCUUCAGAGCGGAACAGAGCAGAACCAGAAGACAUCUGGCCGAAUACACGCACGUUGAAGCUGAAUGUCCAUUUAUUUCCUUUAACGACUUACUCGAUCGGCUGGAGGAUCUGAUUUGCGAUGUGGUGGAUCGCGUGUUAAAGUCUCCCUAUGGGGAAAUCGUGCGCGAACUCAACCCCAACUUCCAAGUGCCCACGCGUCCGUUCAUGCGAAUGAACUACUCGGAUGCUAUUGACUACUUGAAGGAGCACAACAUCACCAAGGAGGAUGGAUCGUUUUACGAAUUUGGAGAGGAUAUUCCAGAGAUGCCUGAGCGAAAAAUGACUGACGAAAUAAACAAGCCGAUUAUGCUGUGCCGGUUUCCAGCCAACAUCAAGUCGUUCUACAUGAGCAAAUGUCCUGAGGACGUGCGGUUGACGGAAAGCGUGGACGUUUUGCUGCCCAACGUAGGCGAAAUCGUCGGGGGGUCAAUGAGGAUCUGGGACUCGGAGGAACUGCUGGAAGGUUACAAGCGUGAGGGAAUUGAUCCGGCGCCUUACUUCUGGUACACCGACCAGCGAAAAUAUGGAACGUGUCCUCAUGGAGGUUACGGCUUGGGGCUGGAACGGUUCCUCUGCUGGCUGUUGAACCGCUACCACAUUAGGGAGGUUUGUCUCUAUCCCAGAUAUUUGAACCACUGCAAGCCUUAAAGGGGUUGCGAUCCAGACCACGAGAAAGUGCAUUUUGCUUUUCAAUUUUUAUACGUAUGCUGCUUGAUUUGUAUGCUAUUUCAACCCAAUAAACAUAUGAUAUUCUAUA